CAUGAUUUAUGGUACUAGCAAUUUCAUAUUAAGGAGUCGAACUUUAGUGCUGUACUUGGAUUGGCAAUAGGUAAGUGCCGUAUUUACUAUAUAUACCAACUGCCCAGAACUCGAAAGGCGAAAUAUCAAUCUUGAGUCAAAAAGAUUGAAAGCUUAUGCAUAAGUACUAAAUAUUGUAUCUGUUCCUUAUUCACAUGAAGAAAUGGUGGAAACGAUCCUUUGCAAGGGAUCUGAUCAUCUGAAGUAUUAUUUGACACAUAGUCAUAACCAAAGGUGGUCGUUCUAAUUACAGACUACAGUAAUGUUGUCUGGUAUAAUAUAGAUAGAGGAUAUUACACGGCGGCGCGAAGAUAUGACAGUUAUUUUUAUCUUCGAGUGGUGAAAACAAUAUUUUAUGAACGAGCGCAGCGAGUGAGUAAAAUAUUGUUUUUAACAUGAGAAGAUAAAAGUCAUAUCUUCAAGCCACCGUGUAAUGUUCUGUUUAUUAUAUAGUCCCGAAAAAUUGUGAAAUUUCACGCUCAAGAGCAAAUUGGAAAAAGUCACGUGAUCGAUAUCUUCACUGGUGAAGAUAUGGAAAAUAUCUCAUUGUGUUUUUCAGUAUCUCACUCUCUAUGAUAUAAAAAAGCCGGCAGGAUAUUUCCGUUCUUAGCAUGUGCUAUAUAUGGCUACAAAUCGUCACGUUAGUUGGUGAACAGCUAGACUAGCCAGUAGAAAUAAUAAGAACAAAAAAUGAUAUGGAACAGCCCUAUCCGGCGUCACGUACAAACCGCAUGAGAGCUUUUGAUUAAGAUGUUGAAAUCAUAGAAAGUAACCUCGCAGGCCAGUAGGAAAUUGGCUAUGUGGUUUGUCUUGUAAUUAGCAGUUGGUUAUAAAUAGAUCAAUAAAUUGACCUUAAAAAACCAGCAAUUGUGCUAAAGAGCACCUUAAAAAACUGAAGGUAUGAAAGAAAUGCGAAUCAGUCCGAAUUCAUCACUCGGACUAUUGCAGUUCCAAAUGAAACCGUGAUUAGUAUUUCUAACUAGUAAAACCAAGGACAAGUAGUGUGCCAAAACUGUAAAAAAUCAUUUUCCUUUCGAUUUCUAUAGAUUCUGCCUGUCAGUCCUACACCGGUACACAAUAAUUCUUUUCGACUGAAUCUGCAAACUUAUGAAGACGCAUUGAACUAACAUUCAAUGUGAAGACGAUACAACUAUCAUAUCUGAAAUGAGAUAAAAAAGAAUGAUUUCAAAAGCAUGUCGAACAUUAUAUCGACUUCGACCAACUUUUACCGAUAUUUCUUUCACUAAACCGAGUCUGGAAAUAAAGCAUAAACUAUAGUUUUCAGCAGUGAAUGAAAGUUCUAUACUCUACAGUUAGUCGCAAAAACCUAUAGUUAACAAUCUCAAUAAUAAUAAGAAGAAGAGAAAUCGUUUACUAAUCGUUUAAUAAAGCUUAUUAGUCUUUCUCGGCUUUUAUCAAGAGUGUUUUAAUUAAACAAACCGUCUGACAGUACAGUCUGUGUUUAUUCGGAGGCUUCAGACAGAAAAUAAUGGGGUUUUCUUAAUCAUAUGACAAAUUGGAUUGGUUUCAAUUCUGUUUCGCAAUGGUCAGUUAUAAGUUUGGGCUUGCACAAUAAACACUCUUCGAUAACUAGGGAUUUAAAGACACCACAAACUACUUUCAGACACCCAUAUUCUGCCAACCAUUUAAUCUAGAAACUUCUUUUGUGGUCAAAAAAUUACAAUAAAAGAAACUGCGAGAACACGCUCAAAAUUCCAGAAAUGUUCAGUAACCACCUUAAUUAGAAAACUCGAUAGGGCCUAUAGCACGUCUUCAUUCGCAUUAGACAUUGUUUGAUGUUUUUAAGCAUCGAAACAAUAUAUUGAGGGCCUAGUUAUUGUCUAUUGUGAAAUUACAGCUGUUUUGUUUUGAGUAGCGCAUCGAGCACGUAGGUUUUAUGACUUAUUUGAACUGGUGGUCGGCUGAAGCGCUAGCGAGAAAAACGUGGGCCUUACAAAAUUCCUUAACAAGAGCUAUCAAAUUCUUUUGUUUUCCUCAAAUUCUCAAAUCUAUACUUCAUCUAUCUAAUAAUUUUUCUGUGUUCUUUGCUCGAUGAGAUUCGAUAAUUAUUUAUAACUGUGAAAAUUAACAAGAGAAACUUGAAAAUUGUUUAAUUUACAAACAAAAAUGUUGAAAUACUUAUCCCUUGAAAAAUUCCAGUUUUCAAGGACAAAUAUUUGAACGUGUGGGGCCCGGCCGUGCAAGGCACGAUGGGAAUAUAAUUACGAGCAAUUCAUGUUGCCGCGUAAUGGGUUGGAUUUGUCGUUGUUUCUGAAAUAAUCGCUUUAGAAAUGAUUUUAAAAGCAGAAAUUCCGCUUAAAAUCAAGAGGAUCUUCUAAAAGAAGUCGCGGUUGGGUUAUAUACGAACCUGAUUGAAGAAUAAAAACGUUUUAAGUCGUUCAGCGACGUGUCUCUACUUGUGAAGUGUACCCCUCUCAAACCGAUGGCGACUACCGUCAACAAGAGCCCGUCUGGAGUUCAGGUUGUACAAUUUUUCGCGCUUUGUUUGUUAGAUAUAUAGGCGUAGUUUAGGAUUUAACACAUUCUCGUGUAGGUUUAAUAAAUACAGCUUAGUUUAAUGUAGUUUUAUGGCCAAAUGUUGUCUUUAGUUCCGGGAGAAUUAGAGCCGAACAGGCAUGCCCUUGUGUUUCAUGGGGUUCGAGUCGCAAGCACCGUAAAAAUAAAGUUUAAUUUUUCAAUAAACUUUACACAAUUGAACUCCAUGAACAUAAGGAAGUCGUUAUUUAAGGCUGAAUUUUAAAACCAUUAUUCUUUUGAGGCUCUCAAGUAAGCGAAAUUGAACAAAAUGAAAAUUAUUGCAUCACAACUAUUAAUUAAAACUCGAAAGGGAAACUAGACGUUUUGCGAUAUCGGUAAAAAUGGAAAAUUUUCCGUUUGUUUUUUUGGCAAAUUCAGCAGGUUAAAAGCUUAACUAAAACUUCAAAUGUUUUGUAAAAUGAUGUUGAAAAAAAUGGUUUAUAUUAAUUUCAAAGUUAUGUUGAAUUUUCUUUUAAAAAUCUCAAGCCAUAAUUUUCUGUUUUUGGACACACGCGCGGUAUCGUAGUUUUUCUUUUUCAAAAUGAAAUAUAACUUGAUUUUUUAAAAAUAAUUAUCCCAGGAUUUAAGAUUUAACAGGAGUUAUUUUAUUAUUUUUAUUUUACUUUAUUUUUUAUUUUAUUUAUCAACAAAGUUCUAAAAAUGUAAAAAGUCUGAUAGGAAACGUUGUUGCCAAAACAUUGUUUCCCAGCUGUCUUUCCUGAAAAUGGGCAAGCCAGGAAACAUGGUUUGCUGGUCAUGUUUCCCAAAGGUGGGCAAAUCAGGCAACAUUGCUUCCACAACAAAAUCACACAUAGGUUUCUGAAUUUGUUUGGAACAUUUUUGCUUUGUCGCCUCGUGGGAAGUAAAAAAUGUAUCCUCAAAGAUUGUAUCCUAGCCUUGUGCAAAACUGCUUAACUAUAUAUAUAUAUAUAUAUGUAUAUAUAUCACUAUAUAUAUUUUCAUUGUCAUUGGACAAUGAGCCUUGUUUGAAAUGAUGGUUGUCACAACUUUUGUCAACAGAAUGUUGCUUCUUUAUAUACUAUUGUCUUCAAAAUCUUUCAUCGUAAAAAUGCUGUGUUUCUCAAGUCUCUAUAGAGUAACAAAUUGUUAACUCAUUAAGUUUCAUUGUGCCCUAAUGUGCCCUUCUUUAUUAUUUACUCUGUGUAAUGCCAGACGAUUUUACUCCUCAAAGGGAGAGCGCUGAUGCUCAAUGGGUUAGGGGUACCAGAAUGACAGUUGCCUCGUGUUUCAUUCUUCAGGGUAUCCAAGGGCCUUGAAAAUCCUGGAAAGUCCUUGAAUUGGAAAACAAUUCCAGGACUGGAAAGUACUUGAAAAUCAGUAGAAGUCCUUGAAAGUCCUGGAAUUAAUUUCCUGAAUUCAAGUAUCAAAAUAGUAUGCACAGUGAAAAGUAUAAAAAUUACACUAUAUGGCCAAAAAUUUCUGUCGUUGCCGCAAUGAUCCACAGCAUUUUGUUCUCCCUCUACGGCAAUUGCUGUGAUAGAAUUCAAGCCCUGGUAUGAGCUCACAUGGCAAUAAUCUUUAGAGAACCAGUCAAGUACGAACAAAAAUCUCAAGAUAUCUAAUGUUGUCAUACUUUAUUUACAGACAAGAUACACAAGACACUCACGAGCACCACAUUUGGAGGACGAUCCACAAAUCGUCACAAGAAACUCGACAACAAGAAGCCAGGCCAGUGAACAUCCAAAUGAUGCGAUGAUGUCAACAGCUAACAAAGCGCCUGGGAAUGCUAGCUAUUUGCGACCGCGACGUGCAUUGGAACAUCUGCACAGCACUUACGAAACAUGUGAUUAUAGAGAAAAUAACGAUGAUGUAAUGUCUUACCAAAACGAAGAGGAUGUGACUCUUAUGGAUAACCAAUGUGAUAUGGUGAUAAAUGGUGAAAAUGGGGGACUUGAUAUGGAUAAUAUAGGUACAGAAGACAACUCUAAAGGCAGAAGUGGGAAGCAACUCAAGACAAUGGUGAACAGGCUUGCACCCACCCCGGGGUUUGUAGACAAGAAUUCACUACCGGUACCGUCGGAUCUAAUGACUCGCAACCGUGUAAGGCGUGUAGCAAGUCUGAAUGCUGGUGCAAAGGUUAGUCUAUUUUUUAAGCCAUCCAGCCCGCUUGCUGGUCGCUCUAUGACCGACAUAACAACACACUCGAAAAAAGUACACGAGGAGGAUGAAUAUGAGGAUUUCAUGGAUGAGGAUUACACGGUUAAACCUAGAGGCAGACCUCGGCUAGCGUGCAUUUCCACGAAUAAUUCAAAUUUUCUAAGAAGUCCAGAACUUCUAAACGAAGCUGCGCAUGUUUUUCAUGAAAAUACACAUGAGCUUCACUCGGAAAAUUCAGUCACCGUGAAGAACCUUCACGAUAGUUCGGCUUCUUUAAAACGCUUUCAAGACGCUGAUGAGGAGCUGUAUGAGGUGAAGAGGCCGAAAUUGGAUGGGGGGUUUAUGAGACAUAAAUAUGAACAGAACGGUGACUAUAACACAAUUAUUACUGAUAGACGAAUUGUAAAAGGCAAGGAGGUAGUUGAUGUCGGCUUACAAGUAAAAAUACCCAAAAACAAGUUGGGCAAGAAUCACGACUCCAUCCAGUGCACUUGUAGGUCAUCGACUCUCAUGGACAUCCCAGUAAAGAGUUAUGUCAGUACCUACGCCAACGGUACUUUAGUAUCAAUACCUAUCACUAAAACACACCGUCUGACCCCACAAGUCCCUGAAAAACCUCUACCCGAACUAGCGCAAGGCGAUUUGGCUAACCGGAGUAAACGGGUUGCAGGCUUGAAUUCGCGGGCUAUGUUGAACGCAAUACUCUCCGAUGAGCGGCAACUGCCCACAGUACAAAACGUUACUAAGCCCGCGCGCAAACUGCAACAGAAGAAAUCCUAUUACGAGCACGGCCUGAGUAAUACUGUUCCGAGUAAACUGAAAAUACCAAAGAUCACUUUUGCGGCGACGUCUACAUCAAAUUUCGGCGGACGUAAGAUGGUUGGUAAUCAGAAAGCUUCAUUGUGGUCGAAAUCUGGGCUUGUUAGCCAUGAUGGACCUAAGGUAACGAUUAUCAUUACUUGUUCAUUUGUAUUCAUCCUACAGGCUGCAAUGAUGUAGUAUAAUCACUUGGUUCAUGUGGGACUUGUAGUGAAGCUUUGAUGACACAAUCAUCCGCCUUUCACCUCCGAGAUUGUGGCUUUGAUUCUCGCUGCGGACUUGUGACACUUAUGUGAACAAAAGUCAGUCAACGCUCUAACGAAAGUCGUGGGUACCCCCCUCACCUCAAGAUUUAUGCUAUUUAUCUAUAUUUUUAGAGAACAAAUGGUUGGUUCUAUCUUGGUUCCCCGAUUAUCAAACCUUAUCACUAUGUAAGUUCUGAUGUGAAUCUAUUUUUCUCAUCUAUAUACUCAUGGUAAAAAUCCAAAUCCUUUUUCUAUGAGUUUGCAUCACUUCACUUCUUGCAGAAUGAUGCGAAAGUGAUGCGAAAAUAUUACAUUGGAAUCAAGAGGAAUGACGAGGUUAUCUAUGUUCGUGAUUCAGUCUUGUUGAAGUCAGGACCUCGUAGGAAAGAUCUGCCCUUUGUUGCUCGCGUCUCUGGCUUUUGGGAGGAAGAUGAUGGUAAGGGCCUGGGGCAAACAUUGUUGCGGGCACAUCUCGUAAGGGCCUGGGGCAAACAUUGUUGCGGGCACAUCUGAAAAUCUUGCAGUCUCCUCGAAUGUUUUCCUGUUUGGCCACCCUCGAAAACAUUUUUACGCAAACAAAAUUUCCUGUCUAGGAAGCAAAUAUUUUUCAACAAUAGACAAUUCCCAUUAUAGACUAAUCUUAAAACUAGGCAAGGAGAUGGAAAUACAUCACCACAGCUAGAAAAUGAGUAAAAUUGCAAAGUUUGGUUGCGAAAUGUUGUAAAAUACGGAAAAAAUAGCCUUGCAAAGUUUGCAAAUUUUGUAUAUUUUUAUAUAUUGGCCAAAAUGUGGUAGCAAUUUCCGCACGUAAUACAAAAGUAUACAAAAUUUGCAAACUUUGCAAGACUAUAUUUUCCGCAUUUUACAACAUUUCGCAACCAAACUUUGCCAUUUUACUCAUUUUAGAAUGCUCUUUCUAGCUGUGAUGAUUUAUUUGCAUCUCCUUGCCUAGAUUUAAAAGUAGUCUAUAAUGGGAAUUGUCUAUUGUAGUGAGUUAGCGAAACCCAACUGCAUGUAGAGCGCAGUGACAGGGUUGCAUCUGCCUUAUAUAUUCAGGUCCACAUGCGGGCGAGAUGAUGAUGAGCGUGUUAUGGUAUUAUCGUCCAGAACAGACAGAAAUGGGGAUGCAACCACAUAUUCAUGGCGAGGUAGUUGGUUUGAUUGUUUUACUUUUGAAAUUAAACUAAACUAACUUUUUGUGUGUGUUGAUGUACUCAGGUGAAUAUGAUGUUUGUGGUGUUACUCUGAGUGUGCAUCCACACCAGGCAAGCUGAACAGUUUGCCUGACCAUGGUAGGAAUCGAACCGACUUGACCUCGUAGCUCAGUUGGUAGAGCAUUGGACUAGUAUCCCAAAGGUCGCGCGUUCACCGUGGUCAGGCAAACUUUUCAGCUUGCCUGGUGUGGAUACACACUCAGAGUAACAUCACAAACAUAAACGAACUUUAUUUAUACUGGAGCCAACCUUCAUAUGAAGAACAGUGAACUACAAUUUAAAACUAACUUUAUCUAUACUGGGUAGGUCUAUUAGUUCUAUUCUGUUCUUCACAGAGGUCCAGUAAGGGCAAUCUCUUAUUGAUCCAGUGUUACUACAGGAAGAAACAGGAGAAGGCCCAGAGAAAACCCGGGUUAAACUGGAAGCCCUCACGUGCGAGUGAGGCGAAAUGAUGAACUGCGUAUUUCAGAAAGUGAGCCUCGGUUAUGGAGGCGAAGCAUGUAUGUGUACUACUAUUCACUAGCGAACUUAAGAUGAGCGAAAUCUAGUACGCGGACGUGACAAAAAGAUAGUUAAGCUUUUCUUUUGGAUUUAUUACCGGUUUAAAUUUGUUUUUCACCUGUAUCCUUCUUUGUUGACAAAAAUAAUCCAUAUUUUGUACCCAUGUUGUCACGUGCACGUACUAGAUUUACCACAUCUUAAGCCCUGUCUUGUUUGUGUAUAGAACGAGAUCUUGGCGUCACGUCACAAAGAUGAUAACAGUGUUGCAUGUAUUGUGGAUAAAUGUUACGUUCUUAGCUAUCCAGAAUAUUGCAG